GGACAAGCUCCUGCAUUCUGUUCCAAACGCUCGGGGAGAAUGGCUUUUUUGCAGAUGUCUUAUUAAAACCAAGCAGCACGUUUUAUGCUUGCCAGCACCGGAGGGAAGGAAAAAGAAGAAUUAGCGAGGGUUGUGCAGGAGAAUAUGGCCAAUGGCAUUGAAGACCUCAUUGGUAUCCCCUUCCCAAACCACAGCAGUGAAGUCCUUUAUGGGCUGAAUGAGCAGCGGCAUGAUGGCCUUCUCUGUGACGUUAUUCUCAUUGUCCAAGACCAAGAAUACCGAACCCACAAGUCUGUGCUGGCUGCUUGUAGCCAGUAUUUUAAAAAACUCUUCACUACCGGCACUUUAGCAGACCAGCCCUACAUAUACGAGAUCGACUUUGUCAGACCCGAAGCACUUUCAGCCAUCCUUGAGUUUGCCUACACCUCGACCCUUACCGUCACCACUGCGAACGUCAAGCACAUCCUCAACGCGGCAAAGAUGCUGGAGAUCCAGUGUGUGAUUAAUGUCUGCCUCGAAAUAAUGGAGCCUGCUGAAGAGGAGGAAGAUGAGAAGGAGGAAGAAGAGGAGGAGGAGGAGGAGGAGGAGGAAGAGGAGGAAGCAGAAGAAGCAGGUGACUUCGCUAACCAGAAUCCAUCAGAUGCUCAAGAUCUCAGCUGUCACCAAAGUCCUUCCAAGUCAGACCAUCCUGAAGAACCCUUCCAAGAGACAGCUGGUGUUUUCCCCACCCAUUUCCCACCCAGCAGCUCUAAUGGCUCCCUCGGUGUAAUACGGGACUUCUCCAUUGAAUCCCUCUUAAGGGAGAACCUGUACCCUAAGGUGGCCCUUCCAGAACGGAGGCCGGUCCUGUCUCCCUUCAUGCCUGACCUCUUCCCCCAUCUCUGGAACGGAGACUUUGGCCCCUUUGCCCAAGUAGAAGAGCAGCAGGUGGACAACGCACCCUUGGACCUGGUGAUCAAAAAGCAAAAAAUCAAGGAAGAGGAGAAGGAGGAACCCCUGCCCGCCCCUUUCCCCAACAGCCUCUUCAAGGACGUGUUUGCAAACACCCCCGCAGCCCCCUUCGGGCACAUUAAGGCCGAAAACGACUACAGCGCAUACCUGAACUUCCUGAGCACCGCCCACUUUGGCCGAGUCUUUCCUCGCUGGCCAGAAGAAAGGAAGAUCAAACCCAAAGCUUCCCAACAGUGCCCCAUUUGCAACAAAAUCAUCAUGGGGGCUGGCAAACUGCCACGGCACAUGAGGACCCACACAGGAGAGAAGCCAUAUAUGUGUGAUAUCUGUGAAGUCCGGUUCACCAGGCAAGACAAGCUGAAGAUUCACAUGCGCAAGCACACGGGGGAAAGGCCCUACCUCUGCGUCCACUGCAGUGCCCGGUUCGUCCACAACUACGACCUGAAGAACCACAUGCGGAUCCACACGGGCAUCCGCCCUUACCAGUGCAAGUUCUGCUACAAGAGCUUCACCCGCUCAGACCACCUGCAUCGCCACAUCAAGCGCCAGAGCUGCCGGAUCUCCCGGCCCAGGCGGGGACGCAAGUCAGCCCUCUGGAGAACGGCCAGCUUGCUCUUUGCCCCAACUGGGCAGCCGGACGACAAAAGCUUCCUGGUGCCCCCGGCUCUCGAAGAGAUGAGCGGCCACCUGGGCGGCCCCGCCCUGUGCCUCCCAGGCCCGAGCCCGAAGCACUUCAUGGAAGGGGCCAAGAACGGGCUGAAUCUGCAGGAACUGGAGAGCCAGUUGGAGGAGACCCAGAUGAAGCUGUUUGGGAGGGCACACCUGGAUCUGCAGCAGAACGGCGGCCUCUUUGCCUUUGCGCUGAGCCACGGCGAGGGCCUGUCAGCCCGGCCGUACUUCUCUCUCCCGGACCCCUGGGGCUCCGGGUUCAGCGGACUGGCAGCGCUCAACCCCCUGGCCUCCCUCUCCGAAGCUAGCAACUGAGUUGCCUU